AUGGCUCUUUCUGAGACGUGGGUACAGUUUGUAAUGGCCGCCACUCUUCCCUGCUCCACAGACCAGGCCAGCAUCCAGGCCGCCGCCCUGCCUGGCACUGACGGCUGUCUGGCCUCCCCGAGGGUCCCUGCAGGACUGGACGCGGUGUGUGCUGGCGGGAGUGGUGCUGCGGUGGAGGUCGUGAGGCCGGCCACCAGCAUGAGCAGCUGGCGGCGGCGGCAACAGCAGCAGCAGCAACAGCAGCAGCCAGCCUCAGGUGUGGGGAGGCACAGGCAUAGUGGCAAGAAUCACCUGGAGGCAGGCAGCUCUGUCCACAGAGGAGAGAGCAAGUUUGAGUGCCAGCAGUGUGACAAAACUUUUGUAUCCAGACAUGGCCUUAAGUACCACACCCUGACACACAGUGGUGUUAGAAAUUAUGAUGGUGUUAGAAAUUAUGAGUGUGAUGAGUGUGGGAAGAAAUUUACCCAAAAGUCUUCCCUCACCACACACACCCUGACACACAGUGGUGUUAGAAAUUAUGAGUGUGAUGAGUGUGGGAAGAAAUUUACCCACAAGUGUAACCUCACCACACACACCCUGACACACAGUGGUGUUAAAAAUUAUGAGUGUGAUGAGUGUGGGAAGAAAUUUACCAAAAAGUUUUCUCUCAACACACACACCCUGACACACAGUGGUGUUAAACAUUAUGAGUGUGAUGAGUGUGGGAAGAAAUUUACCCACAAGUCUUCCCUUAACACACACACCCUGACACACAGUGGUGUUAAAAAUUAUGAGUGUGGUGAGUGUGAGAAGAAAUUUACCCACAAGUCUUACCUCACCACACACACCCUGACACACAGUGGUGUUAGAAAUUAUGAGUGUGAUGAGUGUGGGAAGAAAUUUACCCAUAAGUCUUACCUCACCACACACACCCUGACACACAGUGGUGUUAAAAAUUAUGAGUGUGAUGAGUGUGGGAAGAAAUUUACCCACAAGUCUUCCCUUAACACACACACCCUGACACACAGUGGUGUUAAAAAUUAUGAGUGUGAUGAGUGUGGGAAGAAAUUUACCACCAUUUCUCGUCUCAAUCAACACGCCUUCAGACACACUGGGGUGAGGGAGUUCGAGUGUGAUGUUUGUGGCAAGUGUUUCAAGACAAAGGGUGAUAUUGCCCAGCACGUGAAGAUCCACUUCUGAGGUGGUGGUGUGUGGACACAUGGGGCCACACCUGUACCUGUGGUGGUGGUGGUGGUGGUGGUGGUGGUUGCCAUGCCUGUGAGGGAGUCAUGGCCCCAGCAGUUUUGUGUGGUGGUGGUGGUGGUGGUGGUGGUGUGGGGGAGUCAUGGCCCCAGCAGUUUUGUGUGGUGGUGGUGGUGGUGGUGUGGGGGAGUCAUGGCCCCAGCACUUGUUUUGUUGGCAGUGCAGGUGUGACUUUCAAUAAAUGUGUGUGUGCAGUAAACCUUUGUUUGUGUAUUCACCAGGUGUAGUAUACAGGGCCUCAGCUACAGGAAUAUAUUGUAGUGAGGCAGCCCCUCUCUCUCCUUGCCUCAAGUGUUUGUGUAUUCACCAGGUGUAGUAUACAGGGCCUCAGCUACAGGAAUAUAUUGUAGUGAGGCAGCCCCUCUCUCUCCUUGCCUCAAGUGUUUGUGUAUUCACCAGGUGUAGUAUACAGGGCCUCAGCUACAGGAAUAUAUUGUAGUGAGGCAGCCCCUCUCUCUCCUUGCCUCAAGUGUUUGUGUAUUCACCAGGUGUAGUAUACAGGGCCUCAGCUACAGGAAUAUAUUGUAGUGAGGCAGCCCCUCUCUCUCCUUGCCUCAAGUGUUUGUGUAUUCACCAGGUGUAGUAUACAGGGCCUCAGCUACAGGAAUAUAUUGUAGUGAGGCAGCCCCUCUCUCUCCUUGCCUGAAGUGUUGUAUUUCUGUUUCUUUUUGUCUCCCUUCACACGUUAGGUUAUGUUAAGUCUGGCACCAUCUUUGCCCCUCUCUCUCUC